UUUUUUUUUUCACAAAAAGAGAAAAAGAUAAAAAAAAAAUCAAUUAUAAUGAGCGAUAAUAAAUUUUUAUCAGAAUUAUCCCAAAAUUUACUUGAAAUUUUGAACGAUGAAGAAUAUUAUGAUAUUACAAUUGAAGUUGGUAGUGAUCCUAACGUGAGAAUCUUUCGAGCUCAUAUGGUUAUUUUAAACUAUCGUUCUUCUUAUUUACGAAGAAUUUUAUCAACAAAUAAAAAGAAAAAUGAUGGAGCUCUAGUACAUAUUAAAUUACCAAAUAUAUCACCUGAAAUUUUUCAAGCAAUAAUAAGGUUAGAAAUUAUUAAAUUAUUAUUAUUUUAAUAAAUUUGAUUAUUAAAUUUUUUUAUUUAGAUAUAUUUAUGGAGGAAAAUUUCUUUUUGGAGAAUAUGAUACUUCAGAUAUUAUUAAAAUCUUAGUUGCUGCCAAUGAGCUUAAUCUUCAAGAAUUAGUUAAAUAUUUACAAACCUCUUUGAUUGAAAAUAAUUCGGACUGGAUAGAGAAA